AUGGCUGAUAAUAUUGGAGAUAACCUUUCGGGCGAGCAUGUCGGAUCUUCUCAGAGUUCCACAGACGAGACCCAUAGUGAGUCGAGCUCCUCGAGGGUGUCAAGGCCCGAAUCGAAUCGGUCCGACCAAUAUAUUAUGGAGGAGGACGCUGAGAGCACCCCCGCUGACCAGGGCGGCCUAUUUGCUCGUGAGAACGACGAUGAUCUGAGGACUUGGGCCGCAACAGACCCAUGGGAUCAUGAGUCCUAUUUUGUCAAGAAUCUGGAUGACGUUUCACUAUGGUGGACUCGUAUGCGGAUGGCAACGACCACCAAAAGGACUGGUCGAUAUGGAUUCUUGGAAGGAGUAGUCGGAUCUUCUCAUGGUAUGAUAAGUGGCAGAUCCCAAUGUAUGAUAUCCUGUUAUCGGGAGAUAGGCCUUCGUCUGCCCUUUUAA